AUGUUUUUUUUAAAUAAAAAAAGCAUUUCCCCUCUUUUAACAUGCCGUUUUACUGGUACCUUACAGAUUUUUCCUUUUUAUCCCUUGGAGGUGGUAGCGGCGAAAGACGUGUGUGUUGUUUGUGUGUUUAUGUCUGUUUAUAUAUAUAUAUAUAUAUAUAUAUAUAUAUAUAUUGGGGGGGGCGAGGCCUGCAAGAAUAAUAUCUUGGCGCGUGGCCACGUUGACUUUUUUAACGUUCUAAUUUGUGACAGUUACUGUGCAUGCGCACAUUUCUCUAGCUAUUUGUUUUUUCUUGUUUCGUUUCCGAUUCUUUCCUUUUUCUUUUUUUUUUUUUUACUCCUUGUUCCUCUGAAGUUGAGGUUAUUUUUACCCUCCUUGGUUAUGUGA